GGACUUUCUCUAGCCUCCUCCACCCGGGAAGUUCACCCGCAGCGGCCCCGCAGGAUUGUGAGAACCUACCUGUGACACACUGCCUUUCUGAUUGCUGCAAAACUACAACCUGUGCUGAUCCCCAAAGAAAACAGAGGAUCAAAGACCGAAAAGACUUUGAUUUUCUUUUUUUCCAGCAGCAAGGAAUUUUCCGUGCAGAAUCUUAAGACUCACUAAAAUCCUUUGCGACCUUUGUAGCCUUAAAAUAUUGAUUUUUCCCCCGUUUUUUGUGGCUUUUGUGGCACAUAACUACAAUAUAGGGACAUUUCGUUGCCCACUUAGUGACCACUACUUUCACACUAGAGAAAAAUAAACACUUUAGGAUUUUACAUUAUAGGAAAUCUCAGUUUACUAAUCAAAAAACAGAUUUUUUUGCCCCAAACAAAAUACCAAGUGCUGAGAUAUUUCACUUGAAAACAGCAGUGAUUCUUUAAAACCCUUACAGUUAAGAAGUAAAGUUAAAUUCCACAAUGGACCACCACCCUGCAUCGGACACGGACACCAUCGCCACCAUGGAAGCGGCGGAUAUUGUCGUAGUGGCGAUCUACUUUGUCCUGGUGAUGGCGAUCGGCUUCCUGGCCAUGUGGAGGGCAAAUCGAAACACAGUGAGCGGCUACUUCCUGGCUGGUCGCUCCAUGAACUGGGUCGCCAUCGGAGCGUCUCUGUUCGUCAGCAACAUCGGAAGCGAGCAUUUCAUCGGCCUGGCCGGGUCCGGCGCCGCCAGCGGGUUUAGCGUGGGCGCGUGGGAAUUCAACGCGAUUUUGUUGCUCCAGUUGCUCGGCUGGGUGUUCAUCCCCGUGUACAUUCACUGCGGGGUUUACACCAUGCCCGAGUACCUGUCCAAACGCUACGGCGGGAGGCGGUUAAAGGUGUACGUCACCGCUUUGUCUCUCCUUCUCUACACUUUCACCAAGCUGUCCGUGGACCUCUACUCCGGGGCCUUGUUCAUCCAGGCGUCUUUAAAGUGGAACCUCUACCUGUCAAUCAUCCUUCUCAUUGCCAUGACGGCGUUGCUAACGGUUACCGGCGGACUGGUCGCUGUGAUCUACACAGAUAUGGUCCAAGCCUUCCUGAUGGUCAGUGGAGCUCUCUGCCUCAUGGUCAUCAGCCUCGUUAAAGUGGGAGGACUGGAAGGGGUAAGGACCAAGUACAUGCAGGCGUCCCCAAACAUCACAGACGCUUUGCUGCUGUCCCUCAACCUGACUGACUCAGGGUAUUGCCGCAACGAUCCAAAACCAGACUCUCUGAAGAUCCUGCGAGGCCCGAUGGACCCAGACCUGCCGUGGCCCGGCUUCCUCCUGGGCCAGACACCUGCCUCUAUUUGGUAUUGGUGCACUGAUCAGGUGAUCGUGCAGCGGGUUCUGGCAGCGAGGAACAUCGCCCAUGCCAAAGGGUCCACGAUCAUGGCCGGCUUGCUGAAAAUCCUGCCCAUGUUCGUCAUCGUCAUCCCAGGGAUGAUUUCCAGGAUCCUCUUUGCCGAUAAGCUGGCGUGCAUCAGCCCAGAACACUGCAUGCAGGUAUGUGGCUCUGAAGCCGGAUGCACCAACAUGGCGUACCCGUGGCUGGUCAUGUCUGUGAUGCCCGUCGGACUCCGCGGUCUGAUGAUGGCCGUGAUGAUCGCGGCUCUAAUGAGCGACCUGGACUCCAUCUUUAACUCAGCCAGCACCAUAUUCACCCUGGACAUUUACAAGAUGCUGCGAAAGCGAGCAUCGCCCCGCGAGCAGGUGGUUGUUGGUAAGCUCUUUGUGGUGUUCAUGGUCAUAAUCAGCAUUGCCUGGGUUCCAGUUAUCAUUGCGAUGCAGGGAGGGCAGAUGUUCUACUAUAUUCAGGAAGUGGCCAAUUAUUUGACCCCGCCCAUCGCUGCUCUGUUCCUGCUCGGUGUCCUGUGGCGUCGCUGCAAUGAAACAGGUGCAUUUUGGGGCGGGAUGGCAGGGUUUGUCCUCGGUGCGCUGCGGCUGACUCUGGCAUUUUUUUACCGCGAGCCGCUCUGUGGCCAGCCAGACGAGCGGCCAUCUUUUAUCAAAGACAUCCAUUUUAUGUAUGUGGCAGCUGUAUUAUUUUGGGUGUCAGUUUUGGUGGCGGUGGUUGUGAGCCUCUGCACCGCUCCUCCCAAAGAAGAACAAAUCAGAACCACUACUCUAUGGGGGCUGCGUGAGAGAAAAAAGCGCAGAGAGCAAGAAAGAGGCAAAGACGGAGAAGAUAUGAAUUCACUGAAGCCUUUGAACCAUGCCCAUUUGAAUGGAAACAGCUUGCUUGAAAAAGAUCAUCCAGAAAAAAUCAGUGAUGUUCAGGCCAAACUCCUCAAUCAUCAUGACACUCCUUACCUCGGCAAUGGUCACACCGUCACAUCCAACGGCACGGUGGCCCAGCAUCAAAUCCAGAACGGCUGCCACCCAUCAGCACCGACUGACCCUGGAGCCCCAGAAGACGAAGAGAGAGCGGCGAGGGAUGUGGAGGAGGAUGAGGAGUGGUGCUUUGGAGGAGUCGGAGGGGCGGGGGGUGGCCGAUGCAUGAAGGGCCUUGAGUGGCUCUGCGGGUUUCAUGAGAAGUCGUCCAAACCUCAGGUCCGCUCGGCCCAGGAGGAAGAGAAGAUCAUAGACGAGCUUCUGCAUGAACCUCGGGGCACAAGAAUCAUCCUCAACGUGGGCUUGCUGCUGGUCUGCUCGGUCGGGGUUUUUCUCUUCAUCUACUUCUCCUUCUAGACUUUUAGCACUCUGCAACGUUUUUUCAUCAAAUUUAACAAGAGAGGAUCAUCAGUUUCCCCUCUCCUUUUCAUAGCAGAGUCUUGUUCACAUAAGAACCCUUUGUUGGUGAACUUGGCUCAAUACCAGCUUCUAAAACUAUUAAUCCCAAAGGGAAAUUGAUUUUGCAGACAUGUAUAAACACAUAUGACAUGUCAUACAAGAACAAGCAAUGACAGAAACAGGCUAGCAAGGGGAUCCACUCAGCUAGAAUUCACUCAGGAUACUUUGAUACUGAUCAACGCUGCAAAAUGCCAGUGAAAUGUAACUGUUUGAUUGAGUGUUUGGACUUUGAUGCACAGGAAGCCUGCAAGGUGACAUGUUUACCAACCGUGCAGUUGAGUGUUGCUUAAUAAAACAAAGCAUACCAAAGGGAUGACAGAGGAAAUACUUUUACGUUGGCAAGUCCAACUUCCCGGCGCAGUGUGAAUGACACUCUUAAUGUUUUGAUUCACCACUUCUGUGUGGAGAAGAUUUCCCAGCAGUAAACAAACUGAUGCAAGAAUUUU